AUCAUUAACAUUGAGAGUGCAAGGCAAAUAUGCCUUAAAAUAAGAGUUCAAAUACUAAAUCGAAAUUAACCCUAAAAAAUAAAUAAAAGGAAAUUACCUCACUCAGUCCAUCUAAUAAACAAGCAAAGCAAACGGGCAAAAGCCCAAGGAACUCCCCGCUGUGACGCCGUUUCGUAUAUCUCCGGCCGCCCUCAGAUGGCUGCCCCCGGGCCAACUAGGUUUGCAGGAACAAGUAAAACUAAUGAACCAGAUCAUUUUGAUCCUCAACAACCCAUUCUUGAUGUGAAACCUCUCAAUAGCAUGCCUUAUAUUGGUCCACCUACAAUGCAUCCAUCAACAACUACAGACUCUGAUGCACAAGAGAAACUGAAGCCAACUGUGAUUAUUCUACCUCCUGACUCAACAAGAGAACAGUGGAAUAAGGCUUUGGAAACCAACAAAUCAGGGAUUGUUUUGACUGGAGCUGCUGCGAGGGGACAGGUGGGACCAAUAAUAGGAUUAGUUGAUAUUGCCGAGAACGAAGACUCAUACUUAUUUCGUGUCAAUCUACCAGGGGUUUUAAGGGAUGAGAAUUUUGAAUGCAGCGUUGGCAUUGAUGGAGAAGUAUUUAUCAAAGGAGUAACUACGACAGGAGAGAAAACUGUGUGCAAAAACUCCCAAGUCUUUAAGAUGCAAACACAAAAUCUGUGCCCCCCAGGUCACUUCUCUAUCUCGUUCCAGCUUCCUGGUCCAGUUAAGUGCCAAGAAGUUACUCUCUCUUUUGAGACUGAUGGGAUUUUGGAGGCCAUUGUGCAGAAAAAAUUACCAUAAAAGUAUUCCGCUUUGGGGAGCUUGUAUGGUUUUUUAUGAUGUGGACUUAGAUGGAGAAGACUCUAGGUGGUGAGGACUUAUAGACUAUAAAUAAUUGCCUCUGAUAUUGCAGAGGAUGAAGGUGGGGAUACAAGCUAAAUGGUGAUAUACAGUAGGCUUGGGCGGGCUCAAGUUAUAGUGAAGUAGGGCUUUGUUAAAUUGUUUGUACUCACUUUAGGACUGGAAGCUGUGUUCAUAGGUGGACGAUGGUUAUGUCCUAGCCACAUCCUUUGUGAAAUAUUUUAUUUCCGUUGAAAGUUCUCUAUGCCAAGAUCAAUUCAUGGUGAAACAGCUGCUAGUUCUCUUGAAAUUUACCAGAGGCUUAGCUUUGUUCAUUUUGUGGAAAA